CAGCUUUUGGAGGACGCCAUUUGGCGAGCUUUCGCCAUUGGUUUUUUCAACAGAUUGUUAUCCCAGGCAUUGGCAUUUACACGGCAGAAGUUUACGUAUAUUGACGGCUCAAAAGUCAAGUUAUCGAGUGGCCUCAUUCCUGUCCUGGUGGGUUUGCCCUCGGCAGUAAAUGUUUUGGGUAGCCAGGAAAUUUACAUCAACCAUUGUACAUACUCUUCCUUCGAUUCAUACCGCUCUUACAACCGAUACUCCGUCAUCUCAACAGUCACAUUCGGUUCAAACUGUAGGAGACUCUCCGCAAUCAGAGGAGCCUUCAAGUGAAAAUCAAGUUACCGAAGAAAAAGAUUCCUCGUAUCAACCCCCUUCUACCACUACCGUAGCAAACCCACCAAAUACUGGUACUGGACCCUCUGAGACAGCCACGCGUGCAGUACCUCGGCCAGUUCCAGAGCGAAUAACACUCCCCGUGCGUCCUCGAUCCGCUGUUCAGCCAGCAUACCAACGUCUUGCAGUCGUCAUGUCGCAUCUAAACGGUGUAAACGGUGUAAGCCUAUCUGGCCGAACACCCUCUCCGCAACUGGCCAACGGUCCAGUUUAUACACAGCCACAGGACACACAGCUACUCUCCGCUGACGGAUUCCUGGAAACUAGCGCGUACGCUAACCGCGCUCGCCGUCUUAUAAAGAUGGUGAAUACUAUGCGCGAUGCUGGUGCACAUAUGGAUCUAGACUUGCCUACCAUCGUGGUUUGCGGAAACCAAAGUGUUGGCAAAAGUAGCGUCAUUGAAGCACUCUGCGGAGUUGUGCUUCCCCGGAACGAGGGAACUUGUACACGAUGCGUAACCGAAGUGCGUCUGUCCGAACUUGACCGAGAUGGGAACAGUGCUGGUCUCACUGCCGCGCCUUGGUCUUGUACCGUGAAAUUGCGUUAUGAAUUCGAUUCAGCCGGAAGACCAUUAAAAGCCGUAAAAGAAUUAACAUUCGGAAAGGAGACUUUCAACAAAGGAGACGUGGAUAUACUGGUCCGCCGAGCUCAGAAGGCCUUGCUAAAUCCUUCUACUGACCCUGUACGAUAUCUCGAUUACAUGUUUGACGACUCAUCUGCCGCGACACGUGAUAAAGAAGCUGCCAGCAAUGAGCUCAAGUUUGUAAAAAACGUGGUCUGCUUGGAUAUCCGUGGCGCUGGUGUCAAUUUGACACUGAUUGAUCUCCCGGGGAUUAUACGAAGCGUUGACAAGAGGGAGGAUUCGCAGUAUAUAGAUCUCGUGCAAGAUUUGGUACGCUCUUAUAUCAGCAAGGACAGGGCCAUAAUUGUUGCCACCAUCACAUGUAAAGAUGAAAUCGACAAUCAAGCUGUCGUCCAUAUGGCGAAGGAGGUUGAUCCUCACGGAAUGCGCACUCUCGGUGUUCUAACGAAACCAGAUACCAUAGAAGCGGGAACACAUGACCGAUGGCUGCAAAUAAUGCUUGGGCAUCAAUAUGCUCUAAAGCUUGGAUAUUGGAUGAUCAAGAACCCCACAAAAGCGGAUCUUGAUAAGGGUAUCACAUUCGAAGAUGCCAGGCAAUUGGAGGAAGCCUUCUUUUCCGGACAGCUGCCAUGGUCGACUAUCCGUCGCCAACUUGAUCGGUUCGGUAUUGAUUCUCUACGGCGAGAGUUGAGUCGUCAGCUUACCAUGUUGACCGAGAUGUCAAUACCGGAAAUGCAAAGCCGAACGGAGGAAGCCAUACAAGCAACAGCUUUGGAACUGAGUAAUCUGCCGCCCUCACUUGGAGAGAACUCUCGAAUCGAGCUUUUGCAAAUGAUCCGACAUUUUUGCACUCUGAUCAAUUACAAUGUGACGGCACAUCAAGACUUUAAGCAAUUUUACCAACAGAUUCGUGUACAUUUUGAUGUCUUCCGCGAAGCAGUUGCUGCUACCCGUCCCACAUUUGCUAUGGCGCAGAAAGGUGGCCAGCCGACGGCCCCACCCCUGUCUUUAUCAUCCUCGAUCUCGUCCUCCAUAUCUUCAGUGGUAGGAUGGGGAAGCUCAGGGGACGAUGCGCGACGAAAAGACAUUCCAAAGCAUGCCAAAAUACAUAGUGCUGAUGCAAUGGAAACUGAUUUGAAGAAACCCCUCACUGUAGCCGACGUCCGACGUAUAAUUGACGCCCAGAAAGGCAGGGAACUGCAAGGAUACUCUGCAUAUGACGCUUUCACAUAUGUCGUGACCGCCUUUCAAGAGGAGUGGGCGAAGCAUGGACAAACGUGUUUGGCGGCGGUAUCCCAUGAGCUGCAUACCUUGGUUGGAAAACUGACAGAGGAUGUAUUUGGACGUUUUGUUAACCUGCAAGGGCAAGUGAGGUUUGUCAUUCAAGCUUUCCAAACUGAACUGUAUCGUUCAACGUCAGAAGUCGUUAACAACCUGGUAGCUAUGGAGCGACGAUAUCCAUUCACAAUGGGCUCUGAAGAAUUUACUCGAACAAAAGCUGCCGCUUUGAACGAGUUCCGCUCGCAAUUGGAAGCGUCUCGCGCAGGGACAACAGCCGGAGCUGCAGCCGCAAGUUCCCAAUCAAAGGCCGAAACCGUUAACAAAGCUCUAGCUGCUCUUGCCGAAGCUGGCUACACAGGUUUAACGGCUCGAGACCUCAGCCGUCUCCGCGCAGAGUCACCCGACGAUGACGAAGUUCUCCAUGUGAUGUCGGCCUCCCACGCUUAUUUCCGGGUUGCAUGUCGACGAUUCAGCGACAAUGUCCCCAUGAGCGUCGAUUUCCAUUUCUUGUCCCGCUUUGCAGAGUUGUUGGAAAAGGAGUUGGUGGGACGAUUGGGUCUUUUGGAAAAAGAUAACGCUGCUGUACGUUUUAUGUUGCAAGAAGAUAGAUUUGUUGCCGAGCGGCGAAGGGCUCUGGAAGAACAGCGAGUGAGACUGGAAACAGUUUGGAGGAGCCUGCACGAAUUUGGAUUUUAAGGAAGUAAAUAUUGGAUAUGAAUGUUUGCUGCGUAGGUAGAAUCAGAGAGAUGAAAUAGGGAAUGCUUUUUCCAUGUUAUGUGCCCCUUUAGUACAGGGGGUCGUUUUACUACUUUUCACUGUUGCUUAAUGUAGUUAUUCUCAAUUCUCAAAAUUGCAACCUAUUUUGGAGCUGA